AUGUUCCAACAAUUACUUGCAAUUUCUUCAUUGGUAACCUUUGUGUUGGGCGAAAUUAGAGGAGUCAGUCCCGAGAAUCAAGAUUUGUACAAACCAAUUAUUGAAAAUGGUAAACAAUAUUGGAGGUGUUUAAACGAUUCUUCAAUUCGAUUGACUUAUGACCAAAUUAACGACAACUUUUGCGAUUGCCCCGAUGGAUCUGACGAACCAGGUACCAAUGCUUGCCCUAGUCCUCCAUUUAAAUUCUAUUGUGCAAACAAGGGUCAUUUCCCAAAUUUCAUUGAUCAAUUUAAAGUAGAUGAUGGGGUUUGUGAUUAUGAUGUUUGUUGUGAUGGAUCUGAUGAACAAGGUAUUUGUGAAGAUAAAUGUGAAAUCAUUCAUCGUCAAUAUGAACAAUACAAAACCCAACUUGAAAGUUUCAUCAAUGAUGCAUUGAAAAAGAAACAGUCGUUAAUCGAAUUAGCUCAAGGAAAAAGAAAACAAUUAGUGAAUGAAUUACGGAAAUUGGAAGCUGUAUUACCCCUGAAGAAAUCACAUUUGUAUGAAUUGGAAGUCCAAUUAGAGAAUAGCAACGAGCAAGAAACUUCAGUGUUUGAUGUCUUAGGAGACCAUAUUAGUGAUCUUGCUACAAAACUAGAAGCACAUAAAAGGGAUUUAUUAAAACAAGAAAGUAGAAUUCAAUCUUUAGAAAAACUUUUAGCGAAAUUAUCUCAGGAAUAUAAUCCAAAUUUCAAUGAUCCAGCAGUCAAAGAAUCUAUUCACAAAUAUCAGGAGUAUCUUUCGAAUAAAGACGAGGACGUUGUGGAGGACAUCAAAGAAACCAAUGCUAUACUUCUGGAGUUAUCAGAAAAAGCCAAAAGUUUAGUCGGUAACACUGAUAGCACACCUUUACAACCUACAAUUAGAAACAUGCUUCAUCAUUAUUUUCAGCUUUUCACAAACACGUUUUUGACAAAACCUCAACUACAAGUCAAAACAACUUUGUCCAAUGACCAAUUAAUAAAUCUGAUUGACAAACAAAAGCAAGAAAUCAGCAAGAUUGAAUCCAAAAUUGAUGAUAUUAAGAAAAAUUUAAGUAACGACUAUGGGUCGGACGACAUUUUAAGAGCAUUUGAUCUGACUACAAUUAACAAAAAAUUGGGAGGUUACACCUACAGAAUUAAUCUUUUACACUCUGUGGCCCAGGAUGACGUAUUGAUUGGAAAUUACAAAAAAUACGAGAAUGGAAAGWUUWMUUUGACAGAGGAGCCAAGUGUUGGAAUGGUCCGCAAAGAUCAGCAAUAA